AUGGCCCUCAUAGAAGAUACAGAUUUUUAUCCCUCGACUCCUAAUGAUAUUAUACCCAUACAACCGGCAUUAAUAUAUCCCACGUCGAGAGGUAGCUCACAAGGCAGAAAUCUUUUCAAGGAUAAUGAAAUAAUUUAUGUCAAAUUAUUAAAUCGUCAAGGAUAUCGUCCAAGGAAGUUGAAACACAUUGACGACGGCAAUGAAGUCCAGAUGAAAGAUAUCUUCUUUGUUAAGGCCCUUACUAAUGGUCAAUUUAGCACAGAUCGCUUGAAAGUAUAUCGCCUACCCGAAUUUUAUGCAAUAAAUGUUUAUAAAAAGGGUGAAUUAAUGGCAGACAGUAAUUGA